AUCUUGUUCACAUUAUAAAGCGCCUUGUGGUGGUCCGAGGGACUAUCUGGGGCCGGUCACACAUUGUCCCUGCGGUCACCGCCCUCCUCUUAGCGCACUUUGAGCGUCCACCCCGUUGCUCGGGUAGUUUUUAGCGCGCAAUGCGCGCUCCCCGACCGCCAGCCUAACGCGCAGUCUCGGCACGCGCGCCCCCGCACUCCAGAUUAGAUGCGCGGCGACUCCGCUCUGCAGGGAUCCGCUGCCACCGCGGCGCAGGUGUCCCAGGAUGGCCGCGCCCGCCUGUCCACUCUUCUGUCUUGUCAUCGUUGGUCUCAUCUCCUUGGCUGACCCUUGACGUCUGACCAGGUGAAACACGGAGCCGCGGCGAUGCACACGGAUGGUCCACUCAGUCUAUGGACCGACCUGGUCGAGAUGGGCGACACUGAGGCUGUGGCAUCGGGAACACUCAGCGGGGAAUCGUCAGACCGCUACUGCCAGGUGGACCGUUGGCAGAGGCUGCGCACCGCCGUCAGGAAGCUUGAGUUCUGGGAAAACUUCAGCGCCAACCUGAUUGGAACGGGAUUCUUCUCCAGAGUGUACAAGGUGGUGCACAACAUGACUGGCAAGGCCAUGGUGGUGAAGAUCUACAAGAACGACGUGGACCAGGACACCAUCGUGCGCGAGAUCAGCCUGCUGCAGAAGCUUUCGCACCCCAACAUCGUCAGGUACCUCGGUGUCUGCGUCAAGGACGACAAGCUGUACCCGCUGCUCGAGUACGUCAAUGGCGGCUGCCUGGAGGAGCUUCUGGCCAACCAAGACGUCCCACUGUCCUGGAGAGAGAAGGUGGGCCUGGCAUGUGACGUCACUCGGGGGAUGAUUUACCUACACGCCAAGAACAUCUACCACCGGGACCUCAACUCCAAGAACUGUCUGAUCCGGGUCACCCCGAGGGGCAGAGAGGCCCUGGUCACGGACUUCGGCCUGGCCAGGGAGGUGGUGGAGCUGCCAGUCAAGGACCCUGAGAGGAAGCUGUCCCUGGUGGGCUCGGCCUUCUGGAUGGCCCCUGAGAUGCUGCGUGGAGAGCCAUACGACCGCAAGGUGGACGUUUUCUCCUUUGGGAUUGUCCUGUGUGAGAUCCUGGCACGCGUUCCUGCCGACCCGGAGGUGCUCCCUAGGACCCAGGAUUACGGCCUGGAUGUGGCGUCCUUCCAGGAGAUGGUGAGCGAGUGCCCAGAGGGUGUCCUUCGACUGGCAGCCACUUGUUGCAGGGUUGAAGACUUCAAAAGACCGUCUUUCACGGAGAUCCUGGAGGAGCUGGAGGAGGCGGCAGAGCGCCUGGACCCUCUUGAUGCCAGUGGCAUGGACUGACGGGGCGACCGGCCAGAUGACCGCACCACAGCGCCACACCCGGAAUUAAAGAGCCUGAGAGGAAGACUCCAGCAGUGAGCCCCCUAGUGGCGAUGAUCAUGUUGUUCUCUCUGACUGCCACCUCGCUGCCCUUUGUGUUUUUAUCUGGGCUCAAGUCUCCGAGGGUCCAUAAGAGGACUGGGGCACUCUGGACAAUCGACAGAUGCCAAUGUCGCCAGCUUCAGAUUCAAAUAAUAUAAUGUUGGUGGGCUGAUGUUUUAGUGACAUUGUAGUACCCUGAGCCACUGGUGUCACCUGUUGGAUGUGGCACAGCCUGUGGAUGUGGUGAGGGUACAGACUUGCCCCGUGGGUUACCAUCACCAUGCUGGGCACGGCCCCCUUGUGCCUGAGCGUUGUGUGCCUCUGUGUGAGGGCGCUGCCCACUUUGAUGACCUGGUGCCUUUACGGUUUGCGAGGACUGAAGGCACUGGAGUGCCACACGGCUGGACCCGGGGGGGUAUGGGGGGGCUCCACGUGUCCUCGAUUUGCUGUUGCCCUUGUUGGCCUUUCUAUCGCUUUGUGCUUUUUUAAUGCAGAGGUUUUUUUGGGAUGAAUCUUUAAAUAUUAAAUCUACUUGGGGACUGUCACAAGGACCCCGCUGUCAUCGCA